AUGGCUGCUACUCCUCAAGCUAUCAUUCCUGAUGAGAAAGAGCUAGCAGUAGAGGCUAGGAUAACAUGCUCCUUUAAAGACUGUAGCAAAACCUUCAAGAGUUCUUCCUGCUACAGGAUGCACAUGACUCGCCACCAUGGUGUCCCUCUCCCCACUCUCCCUCCAUCUCCUCCUGGUAACAUGAUGAAGGAGUACUAUUGCCCUGUGAGUGGGUGUAAUAGAAGUAAUGGGGGCAAAUCCUUCCCUCGUCUUGGACAACUUAAGCAGCAUUAUAAUACUGUUCAUGGUACAAAGUCAUUUGUUUGUCCUCGUUGUGGACGGUCCUUUGGAUUGAAGGAUGCUCAUGGCCGCCACGUCAAGGAAUGUGGACGUAUAUUCACAUGCAACUCCUGUGAGGAUCAAUUCAAGUCCAGUAAUGCUCUUUAUAAACAUCAGAAGAGAAGUGGACAUGGACAUAAAAGCAAUGAGAAAAAAAAUGAUCAAGCUAGACCUGCAAUCCCACCUAUAAUCAUUGCUCCUAUUAUAAUAAAGAAUGUACUCCCGAUACGGCCACUUGCUUCUAAAUCAGAGGCCACGAUUACACAGGCAGUUCCAUCAGCCAGUACUAGGGACGAUGAGAGAGAGGACGAGAAAGAAGACGCCGAAAGUACUUUAAAUGAUUUGCUUGAUCUUGGAACACAGACUGACAUAUCCUGUUUAAUGGCCGAUCAGUUCCUUUUACCCUAUGCUGCUAGCGAUGAAUCGUCAUCCACCUCGUCUUUAUUUCCUUCCUCCUCUUCCUCUUUCCUUUCCUCUCAAAGCGUACAGACCAACACCGUCUCUCUCUGCGAGUUUGGGACUCAAACGACGUCCUCUCAAGACUGGUCCGAGCCAUUACCAGGGAUACCCCCACAGGCUCAAAAUGAUGAGAUGUCUCUAGCUAGUUUCCUCGAGUCUUCGACUUGUAUUGAUUUUGGUACUCAAACCCUGGACGACCUCCCUGGACACAGAGAUCAAGAGUCACAGACAUGAUAGGAUCCUUAAUAUUAUCAAGAUCACGCUCAAAAGAAAUGGAGAAAAUUGUAAAAACAAUAUUAGAAAGGAAAGGAGGAUUAAGAGACACUGUACAAAUCAUCAUAAUAUCAUGUAUAUAUCACUUACAAUGUUUAUUGUCUGUCAUAACUAUUAAUAAGUAGCUCUAUGUGGGCCAAGUUAUUAUAAUGGA